AUGUCUCGACCGAAAAUUAAUAUUCUUAUAGGAGCAACAGGUAGUGUUGCAAGUAUUAAAAUACCGCUUUUAGUACGAUCACUUCUUCAGUACGAAAAUGUCGAAAUAAAAGUCGUAUCAACAGAUAAUGCCUUACAUUUUUUUAAUAGGGAAUCUUUAACAAAGGAAUCAGGUGUUGAAGUCACAACUGACGCUGAUGAAUGGAAGACUUGUAUACUAAGAGCUUGGGAUGUGGAACGUCCAGUAAUCGUAUGUCCAGCAAUGAACACAUUUAUGUGGGAUCAUCCAUUUACAUCAACACAUUUACGCGUCUUGAAUGAACAACUAGGAUAUCAAGUUAUUUCUCCUGUGUCUAAAAAGUUGGCUUGUGGAGAUAUAGGUAUUUAUUAA